CGGGGACUCCCAAGUGGGAUGGGCAAUCAGGAGAGCGUGACGGUCCCUCCUCCUCCCCUUGGCGAGGAGAGCAUCGACAAGGAGCUGCGUCAGCACCAUGGUGAGUCCUCAUAUCGAAGCGCGGCAUCAAACUCCAUGUGCUGCCUUGCAGUCCUCAUAUCGAAGCUGCAGCUGCUGCGCCUCGACACUUCCAGACUGGACCAAGAGGCCCGAGAUGUGUGGAGAUCUGCCAAGAAAGAUAGGUACCACUUGGAACUCUCGGCCUCUCUGUUGAUGAUAGAUCUGCCACAGGAACGAGAAUCUGCCCAUGGCAGAGCUCAAAAGCAUCACCCAGACACUGACCAAAGUACGGUCCUGAGAAACGGCGCGCACAACCAAAGGGGGCGAGGUGUUUUGAUGUGCUCUGCAGGCUUUCCGUGAGGUUCUUGUGUUUGGCGCCAGCACCGUCCAAUGAUCGGCCCCAGCAACCAAGCCCUGUGCGGUGUGGUGUGGUGUGGUGUGGGUGUGUGUGCGCAGGCUGCGAGUCGGCUUCGGAGCAGCAGGAGAUAUGGGAGGCCUUCGAAGAGACGAGCCCGUACUGCGACUACAUCACCCUGCCCGAGCUCAAGGUAGGAAACAUCAUCAGAAGUGGAUGGAUGGAUGGAUGGACAGCAUUUGUGUGUCUCCUUCUUCAGGAGUAUCUGCAUAGAGUGACCGUGCUCAUCCUGCGGGCGCUGACCAGACGGGCAGAUGAGCUGGUCGGUCCGCCAACAGACACACCCCACACACCUCACCUCUUCCUCCAUUCUGUGCGAUGCGAUGUUAUCUCUCCAGGAGCGGCAGCUGCAUUCAUCUAUGCGACCGGAUGAGCCCCUGCACUCCAUGCCCUCUCCGGUAGCUUCGCCCGUCGAGAGCCCCUUCGGUCUGCCUCCCCCCUCCCAGCCCGCCGUCACACCCCCCAGCACCCAAUGGAAGGAGUCACUCCUGUCCUAUUCAUCGCGGACCCUCGAGGAGCCACUAGACGGGUUCCUUUAUGCAGGGCGGCUCAUCGUCAGCACGGCGUCGGCCAAAGGGGUGGGUGGGUGAAGAGAUUGCGGGCCUUGUUGUACUGUAAUGUGGGUACUGUGCAAUGCGGGCCAUGAAUGGCCUACAUUGCAUGGCAUGGUUACUCAUUUGAGGUGCAGGUUGGCGGGCACAUGCCGCUGGUUGAGGUGCGUGUGACCGAGGGAUACCCCAAGACACAGGGGCGGCACGAUGGUGGCCCCACCACCACCACCACCGUACAGGUCCGUCCCCCCACGCACAGCACAUGCAUGCCGGCUGGGCUGGGCUGGGCUGGGCUGGAUGUGUCCUGUCCACCUACCCCGUCUCGUUACGCAGGAUUGCCUGGCCCAGACAACGUUGGGCGGCAGUCUGACGCUGGCCAUCCCUAGAGCCCUGUCGAAAGCACAAUUUGCCAACUACUGGAUUCUCAUAUCAGUCAGUGCUUACCAGACUGAAAGAAAGCACUGCUCUUACCUGCACGCGACUCUGGUCCCCAUUCGUCUUCAGGUGUUGGAUCUCGAUGUGGGCCGUAGGUUAGCCGUGUCGAUGGGGGAUGCGGUGCUUCCGCUGGGGACCGCCGUACAGAAGGGCAUGGUCAGUCAGCGCUGCCAUUGCACCGCUGCUGUGAUCUCCGCUACAAUUGUAUGUGCGUAUCUGUGUGGCGGGGUCAGGAGACACACGAUGGCUUCGAGGAGGGGCGUGAGGAGUAUGCACCUGAGACGCUGGCGGUGCCUGUGCAGCCAGCUCGUGGUCACGAGGGCCUCAUUGCGGGGGCCAAGCUGGACCUGCACUUCGUGUAUCAGCCAGCUGGUAAGCCCCGCCGGUGCAGCAUCCAUCCAUCCAUCCAUCCACAUAUCUAUCUGGUUUCUUUCUGUGUCCAGAGUCGGCUGUGAGUACCUCUGGGGGUGUUGGCGAGAGCGGCGAGAGGGUCGAUGCGGCAGAGGUGAGUGCUUAUCGACGUGAGCACUGUCAAUGGCGGAGCGUUGGUCGUGCCUUCUGGUCACAUCCAGGCUGGUGUAGUCAAGCCCCAAACUGACACCACCGAGGCAAACGGCAGAAGAACGGGUUGGUAGCUUGCUGCCACAGCGCCACACAUAAAGCUUCCGUUGUCGGAUGACAUCAAUCAUCGCAGGCUCGUAUCGCAUCGUGGUGUCGGCGCUAUCGGACUUCCCAAUGUCUGAGGAUCACGAUGCCGACUACAAAUACCUCAUGGCCGUAGGACGCGGGCACCCACACAUGCAGAAGGGCUCAUUCGGGAACGUCUGUCUGUAUGUGUGUCUGUCAGUCUGUGUCUCUGAUGUGUGGGAUGCCCCCCGGCUACGCCACCAUCGGGUCGGCGGCGUAUACCAAUGUUCAGUGGAAGGCACCACUCGUCGAGUGGUACGUGCAGACUGAGUGACAUAAAUAAAAGUGUCGCUGUCGACCGCACGGCUCUCACGUCAAGUCAUGUUACCAGGCCGGAUGCGUUUGUGUUGCGGUACACCCAGCCGCCCCAACUUCUGUGGGUCAACGUAGAGGUGGGCUCACACACACACUGGUUAUCUUGACGGACGGUGUUGGUGGAUGUGGCGGCGCAGGUGUACGAGGCGACGAGUGGCGGCCUGUGGGGCGACAAGACCCACGCCCACAACCAUGGGGAAAGCACGCCCAUGCCCCCCCGGCCCAUCGCACAGACGCUCAUUCCCAUCGCAUACAUUACCAAACACACGGUCGGGUCGGUAGGUCAUCGGUGUGUCAGUCAUGUCAGCAGCAAGUGCUGCGGCGUGGCGUGGCGCGGCGUGUGUGUGAUUCUCUGGUCCGGCCGGUACAUGUGGUGUGUAUGGUGUGCAGGAUAGCCAGACGUGCACGCUGCAGCUGAACCAGCACCCUGCCGCCCACCGCGACAUCGACCUGUCAAAGACCACCUGCGACAUACACAUCAAGCCUACCACUGGUCGGGCGCCUGACAAUAGAGCAAAACGACACACAGAGACGUGGCAUCUCCUACUUGUCUGUCUCCCUGCAGACAAUGGGGCUUCCCGUGUUGAUGGAGUGGUAGCUGAGUCGUCGACGGCCGCCCGUGGGCCCAAACACGUUCUGAUCAUGGCACCGCCACCAGCAGUGCCGGCAUCGGCCCCCACCGGCAGCAGCACCGACGGCCAACACACACAGAGUAGCCUGCAGCUGACCGGGUAGAAUACACCGGGAUGGAGGAAUUUCAACGCACAGUCAGUCACAUGGACGUCAUUUCACCCGGCCGGCUGUGUGUAUUGUCUGUCGUCAGUUCGUUUGGUAGUGGUAGCACGGUGCCUAGUGUGAGCCUGUUCCACGAGCUCACUGACGCCAGCACUCUGCAGGCAACCAAGAAGGCGCUCGAGGUACGCGCCAACCCAUGCAGCUCUCCUCUCUAGCCUGCACACAAAUGCUGUGCUGUGCUGUGCCGUGUUGUGCUGUGUUUUGUGUCUCGUAAGGUGGAUGGCGUUCUGUGUCUGGUGUGCACCACCCACGAGACGGGCCCAGAGGAGAGGUACCUCUUCCUCACACACAAACACGAUGCCGUCGUGCUGGUGCCGCCUGAGGAGCGGCUCACAUGGUCAGUGAGUGGCGGGGAUGGGAUGGUGGGGUGGCUUGCUUGUGGAUGGAUGGAUGGAUGUAUGUGAUUUCUUCAGGCGUGGGGGUUGGCUGCCGUUUGUGGACAGGGGGACAGUGCGGCUGGACAUCGACACCGACACACUCAUACAAAUACAGGUCGGUCGGUACGGAGGGAGGCACAUACAUACACACACACACACAUCGUCAAGGUGUGUAUCUCCGCCCCUGGCUGCGCUGCUUGUGUCCCGUCAUUUAGUGGGGCGCCCACAGUGAGUUCCUGGCCAAGUGUCCGCCGACAGGCUGCCCCGCCCCCGACAGGUAGCCGGGCAAAUCGAUGCUUUUCAACUGUGUGUGUGUGUGUGUGUGGUGUUUGUGAGGGUGAUGGUGCUCAAGUACGCGGGCGCCUUCUGCUGCGUGGCCUUCCAAGACAAAGAGACAGCAUUAGCCGUAGCACAGGUAGGUACGGAGGGAGGGAGGGGUGGGGGGGCGGGGUGGGGGAGAGACAUCUGGGUGCGGUCGGUGCAUUUGCUUGUUUCUGUCGGUCGGUGCUUUGUUUGUUGGUUGCCAUCCAUCCAUAUAAAUGUGAUGUGUGUGUGUGUGCAGGUGACUGAGAUGCUCCGCAAAUGACCGGCUGACUGACUGACUGACUGACGCGGACGCGUAGCGCACUGCAGGCAGAUCUGAUCAAUCUACGUGUGUGGGUACAUGUGUUGGUUGACGUGACGUGACGGGUGUGUCCAGACUUGUCAUCUUGCAAUGCAUUCAUGUGAUGUGAUCGGUCAACGUGGUGUCUUGAU